AUGAGAUCCCAUCUGUGCAUUGGCUUGGCGUGGCUGGCCACUCUCGCUCACGCCCAACGGCGGAUAGCAACAGCAGUGCAAGCCGAUGGCCAGACCGUCAUUGUAUCUUAUCAGACCAACAGGCAAGGCAACACAGUAGCGACCAACGUCGUCCAGACAGUCGCUGCCGCGGCAGCAGCCGUGGCCGAUGCCGCCGUCGCCACGACGCCAGCCGUUGUCAAUGGCGGUACAGUCUCUCAAGCUGCCGUCCCGACUGCGUAUAUCGAAUACCAAACCGUAGACGGCGUACUCGUCAGUCAGCUCAUGACAUUCACAGCGACAUUUGCAGCUGCAUCCGAUCCUGCUGACGUACCCUCUGGCACGAUCCUGGCUGCCUCGCAGUUCUCAUCUUCGCUCGCGUCUCGGGCGAGUGCCGUCGUCAAGACAGCAACCAGCUCAGCCCUGAAAGGCUCAGCAAGCGACUUGACGCGGUCCUCGCCGCUUGUUUCACUAGGUAUAGCCGCGAGCCUUGCGUUGAUGGGCGGCCUGCUAUUUCUGGCAUGA